GGAAAAAAUGUCAUCUGUGACCGAACAGCAACUCCCCUGGAUGCCUUUAGGAUGAUGACCGCGGCUCAUUAUUACCCAAAGCUCAUGAGCAUCAUGGGGAACGUCUUGCGCUUCCUGCCCGCUUUCGUGAAGAUGAAGCAGCUGAUCCAGGAGGGUUACGUAGGGGAGCUGCUGGUGUGCGAGGUGCAGGUUCACAGCGGAAGCCUGCUAGGCAAAAAGUACAACUGGAGCUGUGAUGACCUGAUGGGAGGUGGGGGCUUGCACUCGGUUGGCACCUACAUCAUUGACCUCCUGACCUUCCUCACGAGCCAGAAGGCUGUGAAAGUGCACGGGUUGCUCAAGACCUUCGUGAAGCAGACAGACCACAUCAAGGGGAUACGGCAGAUCACCAGCGAUGACUUCUGUACGUUUCAGAUGGUCCUGGAAGGUGGUGUGUGCUGCACGGUGACACUCAACUUCAACGUCCCGGGAGAGUUCAAACAAGACAUUAUUGUGGUGGGUUCGGCAGGACGGCUGAUUGUAAUAGGCACUGAUCUCUACGGACAGAGCAACAGCUCUUCUCAGCGGGAGCUCCUGCUAAAGGACUCCACGCCAGUCAGCAACUCCUUACUUCCAGAGAAGGCCUUCAGUGACAUCCCAUCUCCCUACCUCCGGGGCACCAUUAAGAUGGUUCAAGCAGUCCGGCAGGCAUUUGAGGACCAGGAUGACAGGAGGACCUGGGACGGGAGGCCCCUUACGAUGGCUGCCACUUUUGACGACUGUCUGUAUGCCCUGUGUGUGGUGGACACCAUUAAAAAGUCAAACCAGCUGGGGGAGUGGCAGAACAUUUCAAUCAUGACUGAGGAGCCAGAACUGAGCCCAGCAUACUUAAUCAGCGAAGCCAUGCGGAAGAGCAGGAUGUCUCUGUACUGUUAGCUCCUCUCAGCUCAUAGGAAAGAAUAGGAACCAGACAGCUCUUGAAGGAAAUGGGCUGCUGUUGGAGAGGCUCUUUCCUUUGCAUUCAACCUGUGCGCAUAGGAUACUGAACGUUGGUCUGUUGCCAAAGACAAAAAGAGCCAAAGGGGAGAGCCCAGGUGAAAUGUUCUGCUGCUCUGCAGGGGUCUGUUCCAAUGCUUGGACGGUCAGCUGAGAGAGGAUGUCUUAUUUGACAUGGGAAUUGCAUUGGGGUCCACACCCAGGGUAGGGCAACCCUACGCUGUGUGACAGGAGGGCACAACUGAAGUCCUUCCGUGUGCCCGAAGGGAGAGUG